AUGUUGAAGAACAUUCUGCUGUGGUCUCUUCAGCUAAGUCUCCUAGGAAUGAGUCUUGGCGGGAAUGUUCUCAUCUGGCCAAUGGAAGGCAGUCACUGGCUAAAUGUUAAGAUCAUAAUAGACGAACUCCUAAGGAAAGAGCAUAACGUGACUGUCCUUGUUGCAUCCGGGGCCCUUUUCAUCACACCGUCGGUCAGCCCAUCUCUGACAUUCGAAAUAUAUCCAGUGCCCUUCGGCAAGGAAAAAAUCGAAAGCGUGAUCAAGGACUUUGUUUUGACGUGGCUGGAAAACAGGCCGUCUCCUUCAACUAUCUGGACUUUCUAUAAGGAAAUGGCCAAAGUCAUCGAGGAGUUCCACCUGGUGUCCAGAGGGAUCUGUGAUGGCGUUCUUAAGAAUGAAAAGCUGAUGACCAAGCUGCAGAGAGGAAAGUUUGAAGUACUGUUGUCAGACCCAGUAUUUCCGUGUGGCGAUAUCGUAGCUUUAAAACUAGGGAUUCCAUUUAUCUAUUCCUUGCGGUUUUCGCCUGCCUCCACAGUGGAAAAGCACUGUGGAAAAGUCCCGUUUCCUCCUUCCUAUGUUCCUGCAAUCUUGUCAGAACUCACAGACCAGAUGUCCUUCGCUGACCGAGUAAGGAACUUUAUCUCCUACCGAAUGCAGGACUACAUGUUUGAAACUCUUUGGAAGCAAUGGGAUUCCUAUUACAGUAAAGCCUUAGACGGCAGCCAUUGGCUAAAUAUUAAGAUCCUUCUUGAGGAGUUGGUUCAAAGAAAUCACAGUGUGACUGUACUGGCUGCAUCAGAAACUUUAUUCAUCAACUCCAGUCCUGAUGUCUUUAUAAGUUUUGAAGAGAUACCGGUUUCCUACACAAGAAGCAAGAUAGAUGAAAUAAUUGAGCAUAUGAUAGCACUGUGGCUGGAUCACAGGCCAACGCCUCUCACGAUGUGGACUUUCUACAAAGAACUAGGAAAGCUCUUUGCUGCUUUCUACAAAAUCAAUAAGCAGAUCUGUGACGGUGUACUAAAGAAUUCCACUCUAAUGGCAAGACUUCAAAAAGGUGGCUUCGAUGUGUUAAUAUCUGACCCAGUAACAAUGUGUGGAGAGCUGGUGGCUCUGAAAUUGGGAAUUCCCUUUGUGUAUACCCUGCGUUUCUCUCCGGCCUUUACAGUGGAGAGGCAUUGUGGGAAAAUUCCCACACCAGUCUCGUACGUACCUGCAGCCCUGUCAGAGCUCACUGACCAGAUGACUUUUGGUGAAAGGGUUAAGAACACCAUUUCUUAUUCUCUGCAAGACUAUAUAUUUAAGUCCUACUGGGGAGAAUGGAAUUCAUACUACAGCAGAGUUCUAGGAAGACCCACCACACUGUGCGAGACUAUGGGGAAAGCUGAGAUUUGGCUAAUGCGAACAUAUUGGGAUUUUGAAUUUCCUCGUCCAUAUUUGCCUAAUUUUGAGUUUGUGGGAGGACUGCACUGCAAACCUGCCAAGCCUUUGCCUAAGGUCUUGUGGCGCUACAAAGGAAAGAUACCAGCCACAUUAGGAUCCAAUACGAGAUUGUUUGACUGGAUUCCUCAGAAUGAUCUUCUUGGACAUCCCAAAACCAGGGCUUUUAUCACCCAUGGUGGAACAAAUGGAAUCUAUGAGGCCAUUUACCAUGGGAUCCCGAUGGUGGGAGUUCCCAUGUUCGCUGAUCAGCCUGACAACAUAGCUCACAUGAAGGCUAAAGGAGCAGCUGUGGAGGUGAACAUGAACACGAUGACGAGUGCAGAUCUGCUCAAUGCUGUGAGAGCAGUCAUCAACGAGCCAUCUUAUAAAGAGAAUGCCAUGAGACUAUCAAGAAUUCACCACGAUCAGCCAGUGAAGCCCCUGGACAGAGCCGUCUUCUGGAUUGAGUUUGUCAUGCGUCACAAAGGAGCCAAGCACCUUCGUGUGGCAGCGCAUGACCUCAGCUGGUUUCAGUACCACUCUCUGGAUGUGAUUGGGUUCCUGCUGGCUUGUAUGGCAUCUGCUAUAUUUUUGGUUAUAAAAUGUUGUUUAUUUGUAUUUCAAAAAAUUGGUAAGACAGGAAAGAAGAAUAAAAGGGACUAG